CCUAAAAUGACAGUAAUCUCUGCAAUCAGUUGUGCCUUCUUAUUUUUCAUUCUCUGUGAAACAAGUGCAAUAGCAUUACCCAAUUCCUCUGACCUAUUCCUCUCAAACAAAAAUUUCACUGACAUUGAAGCAGCUUUGGCAGCUCACUUGGACUCUGCAAAAAUCCCCAAAAUCAGGCGGAAGCGAUACAUUUCACAGAAUGACAUGAUUGCCAUCCUUGAUUAUCAUAAUCAAGUCAGAGGCAAAGUCUUUCCACCUGCUUCAAACAUGGAGUAUAUGGUUUGGGAUGAAACUCUUGCCAAGUCCGCAGAGGCUUGGGCUGCAACAUGCAUUUGGGACCAUGGACCUUCCUACUUACUGAGAUUCUUGGGCCAAAACCUAUCUGUAAGAACUGGAAGGUAUCGAUCCAUUCUUCAGCUGGUAAAGCCAUGGUAUGAUGAAGUGAAAGACUAUGCUUUUCCAUAUCCUCAGGACUGCAACCCUAGAUGCCCUCUGAGAUGCUAUGGACCCAUGUGCACACAUUAUACACAGAUGGUUUGGGCCACUUCCAAUCGUAUAGGCUGCGCAGUCCACACAUGCCACAAUAUGAAUAUCUGGGGAUCUGUUUGGCGACAAGCUGUUUACUUGGUAUGCAACUAUGCCCCAAAGGGCAACUGGAUUGGAGAAGCGCCGUAUAAAGUAGGAGUCCCGUGUUCCGCUUGUCCUCCUAGUUAUGGAGCGGCUUGUACUGACAAUCUUUGUUUUCCAGGAAUAACAUCAAACUACUUAUACUGGUUUAAAUAA